AUGUUAGAAGAGGAAGAAGAAGAGCACAUCAUAAGACGACAGGAAGCCGAAUUGGUUCGAUGGUACGCGGAUGUACAUGUACACAUGGAUAAUGAUCAGCGGGUCCCAAGUCGAUGCGAAUACGGAAUGAUUCAUAUCGUUGACGAACUUUCCUACUGGGAAGAAAGACUCGUGGACUUGGAAUUCAUAACAAAUAUAUUAAAACGCGCCCGGGUGUCCGAAAUUGUGGAACAUUUGAGGAAAGCGCAGUCUGGGUUCGUGAAACUUUAUGACAGCAUGACUAAUAGUCUAGAAGCUAUCUUCGACCGGCCGUGGUUAUUGACAUGUUCUCUCACUAAGCAAUUGCAAGAAGCGUAUUCUUCUUAUUCAGAUCUUUAUCAGCGAAUACUCAAAAAUUCAUUUAGAGCCUGGUGGAAUCAGAUUGAUCCAAAAAUCGAAAAUCAACUGGAAACCCAUAUUUUUACGAAAAACCAAUUGUCAAAUCAUUGUUGGAAAUUUAAUUUUGAUCUAAAAAGCCACAUCUAUGAUUUGACUGAUGAAAUUGUUUGUUGGAAGUUGAUCAAAGUAGAAAUGCCAUAUGAGUACUUAGAAUUUACCAAAAUUGCUAAAAACAUAAGAAUUUUACAUAAAAACGCGACCAUGAUUCUCAAGGAUUAUAAUUACAUUAUUGCUGGCUUAUCUAAACAAGAAGUACAACUGUUUUAUGAAAAAAUUAAUACAUGCGUUAAAAUAAUAGAUCCGUUGGUUCUUAAAUAUACAUGGUCUCAAUCUGAUAAUAUGAUGUUAUAUUGGGAUCACUACCUAAUCAAAAUCGAUACUCUCAUACAUGAGUCGUUAGUUCUUAAUGUGAGAUGGUCGAUGAAGAACACUCUAACACAACGAACUGAAACAGUGUUUUUGAUAAACGUCAGUUUACACGGCAAUAAGAUCAAAUACAAUCCAAGUUUAAUACAACUAGUGGUUUAUUCCAUGAAAUUACUUUUGGAUAUGACAACAGCAUUAAAAGUUAUACCCAGGUUGUGUCAUACAUUCAAAAUUGCAAACGUUAAUCUGAUGCCAUACAGCUAUGCGAUCACCCACGACAAAGUGUGUUCUGACCUGCAGACGGAGAUCGAUAUCACAACGAAAGAUAUAUUGGUGCAUUUAAAUAUUUAUAUGAAUACUUUAAUGAAAUACAGUGAUAUUUGGACCAAAGACAAACUAGAGCAAUUAAAUGAAUUUGAAUCUAUUCCACAUAACGCGGAUUCUAUUGAUAAACAAAUUAUAAUGUACCUCAACUAUAUAAAUAAGUUUAAUGAGAUGGAGACCGAAACGACAGUAUCUUGUACUAUUGUAAAUAUCAGUGAUAUGAUAAAGCAAAUUGUAAAACACUGCCAAGAUUGGAUUUCAAAUUAUUCCCUAUUACUUUUAGGUGAAACGGUCCACCUUAUCGAAGAAUUUUAUGAAUAUAUUGAAAUGAACGGUGAACGUGUAAUGUUGCCACCAGUUAACCUGGACGAAAUGGUCCAAUUUAUUGAAUAUAAAAAAAAAGUAGAUUUAGAAUGUGAUGCAAAAAAGGAAGAUAUCAAUUUAAUCACUGAAAACGUUGUUAUUUUGGACAAACAUGAAAUACAAAUGUCAGAUGAAUUACGCAGAUUGUAUGAUAAUUUGCAUAAUUCGUGGAAUAAUUAUACGAUCUUAUUGAACGAGGCGGAUUUGAUGUUAAAAGAAAAACAAGAAGAAUUCCACGAAAUGGUAUUACAUGAUCAAGAAAUCUUCAAACAAAAUAUUGAAGAUUUCAAGAAAAUUUGGGAAGAAUUUAAAGAAACAGAAUCUAAAAAUGUAGAAUUGACUUCAUCUGAUGCUUUAAACCAUAUGUCUUUAAUGGAAGAAAAAUAUCAAAAAAUAAAAACUGAAGAAAAACAAUUGAAACAUAAUCUUGCAAUAUUUAAUUUAAAAUAUGUGAAGCCACCAAAACUUAAUAUGAAAAAAGAAAUGAUUUUCUUGCGCCAAACUUUUACAAUUGCUUAUAAUUGGGAUAAUACUUGGAAUAAAUAUAAAUCUGCCAAUUUUUGGGAGAUCAAAGUAUCUGAAAUAGAAGUUACUGUACAAAAUAUUUACAAAAUGUUAAGUUCUUCUUUAAAAUUGCUAAAAGAUGAAAGUUGGAAAAUGUUAGAAAUCAGACGGGAUAGUUUGGAUGCUUUUAAACGUGUUCUACCACUUAUUAAUGAUUUAAAAAACCCAGCAAUGCGCAACCGACACUGGGAUGAAGUACGAGAAGCGAUGACUAAAUACUUUGAUGAAACCGAUCCCGGUUUUACUCUGGAAUUAAUAAUGCAAAUGCAAAUGCAAAAAUACGGAAAUCAAAUAAGUGAAAUUUCAAGUAAAGCAACAAUGGAACUAAAUAUAGAAAACUCAAUAAAAUCAAUAGCAGAGACAUGGACUAACAUGGAUUUAAAUAUAAGUUAUUUUGGUGAUGAAGACAUAUAUCGUAUUUUAGUAUCCGAUGAAAUAUUACAAAUGUUAGAAGAUCAUCUAGCGCAACUAUAUUCGAUGAAAGGAUCAAAAUACAUUUCUAUAUUUUUCAAAGACGCCGAUUAUUGGUCAAAAGGAAUUUCUCUCGUCACAGAGGUUUUAGAAAUAACGCUAUCUGUUCAAAGACAAUUUUUGUAUGCAAUGAACAUUUUUAAAGGAGAUGAUAUUCGUACUGAAAUUCCAAAAGAAGCCGAUGACUUUGAUUUAUUAACAAAAGAGUGGAAACAGAUUACAAAUAAAAUGUUUAUAGAUAAAAAUCUGUUCAAGGCAACCUGUUCAAAACCUCUAUUAAAACAAUUGAAUGCGAUGAGUGCACGAUUAGAAGAAACCCAAAGAGCAUUAGAAUUAUACAUGGAGACAAAGCGAAACAUAUUUCCUCGGUUUUAUUUUAUAUCUAACGAUGACUUAUUAGAUAUAUUAGUACAUUCGAAUAAUCCAAAACAUCUACAAAUACAUUUUAAAAAAUGUUUUGACAAUAUCAACAAAUUAGAACUCACCGAUAAUGACACUUCAGCCAUAGGAAUGUAUUCGGCAGAUGGAGAGUACGUACCUUUCACUAGUAGAGUCAAGUGUAUUGGACCUGUAGAAAAUUGGCUGAGUACUGUUGAAACAAUAAUGCGAGAAACACUUAGACAUAAGUUAGCAAUUGUACUAGAGGCGUUGAAGAAAAAUCUUAAGACUCGUGAUAAAUGGAUAUUAAAAUGGCCAGGACAAUUAUGUAUUACAGCGUCUCAAAUUUAUUGGACAGCCCAAUGUACACUAGCGUUGUUACAAUCCAAAAAUACUGGGAAUAGCAAACCACUAAAAAAACUCAGAAAAAAACAGAAAAAAAUGUUAUCAAAGUUUUCGGAUGCUAUUCGAGGAGAUCUGACAAAAAUAGACCGUUUGAAAAUUGUUUCGUUGGUCACUAUCGAAAUACAUGCUAAAGAUGUAGUCGAUCAUAUGUAUACUUCUAGAUGUAUGAACGUGGCCGACUUUGAAUGGAUGUCACAGUUACGAUUUUAUUGGGAUAAAAAGGAUAAUGAAUUAACCAUCCGACAAACAAAUACUGAACAACAAUAUGGUUAUGAGUAUUUAGGUAAUUCUGGAAGAUUAGUCAUUACACCGUUGACAGAUAGAUGUUAUAUUACAAUGACUACGGCAUUAAAUUUGUUUCGUGGUGGUAGUCCAAAAGGACCUGCGGGUACAGGAAAAACUGAAACUGUAAAAGAUUUAGGGAAAAAUCUAGCUUAUUAUGUCAUUGUCAUAAAUUGCUCAGAUGGCUUAGAUUAUAAGAGCAUGGGUCGUAUGUUUUCCGGAUUAGCACAGCAAGGUGCUUGGGGUUGUUUUGAUGAAUUUAAUCGUAUAAACAUUGAAGUGUUAUCAGUUGUGGCACAACAAAUACUGUCUAUAUAUUCUACCCUCGCAUCUCGAAAGCAUAAAUUUAUAUUUGAAGGAAAUUUGAUCAAUCUCGUACAUACGUGUGGUAUUUUUAUAACAAUGAAUCCUGGAUACGCUGGUAGGACAGAAUUACCCGACAAUUUAAAGUCAAUGUUCCGAGCUAUAUCCAUGAUGGUUCCUGAUAGCAAACUCAUUGCUGAGAUUAUGUUAUUCGGAGAAGGUUUUAGAGAAACUAGAAUUUUAUCCAAUAAAGUGUAUAUUUUAUUCGUAUUAUGUAAACAAAAACUCAGCAAACAGGAUCAUUAUGAAUUUGGACUUCGAGGCUUGGUCUCGUUAAUAAGGUAUGCUGGGCAAUGUAGACGUCAAAAUCCAUAUAUGUUAGAUGACGAGGUGCUAUUAUUGGCGAUGCAUAACAUGAAUUUAGCAAAACUUACGGUAGACGAUCUUCCAAUAUUUUUGGGCGUUGUUAAAGAUUUAUUUCCCAGUAUCACUCUACCAGAAGUUAAAAAUGACCUACUAAUUCGUGCAAUUAAGCAAUGUAUGGCAAAUAAAAACCACCAACCAUCAGAAGCUGCUAUUUCAAAAAUCAUUCAGUUACAUGAAACCAAAGUUUCUAGGCAUUCAGUCAUGAUAUUGGGACCUACUGGAGCGGCAAAAACUGCUACAUGGAAAACUCUAAAAGAAGCAAUGGCACUAUUAAAGACAGAAAAAGCUGAAUCAUUUGUAUCAGUUACUGAAUAUCCUUUGAAUCCUAAGGCACUCACUCUUGGUGAACUAUACGGAGAAUAUAAUUCUUCUCAAGAAUGGAUGGAUGGUGUGUUAUCAUUUAUAAUGCGUACAAUUUGUUCAGAUACUGGUAUUGAACAAAAAUGGAUACUAUUUGAUGGCCCGGUUGAUGCACUUUGGAUAGAAAAUAUGAAUUCGGUGAUGGACGACAAUAAAGUACUAACGCUUAUUAAUAGUGAACGAAUUACAAUGCCUGAACAGGUAUCCCUUCUUUUUGAAGUAGAAGACUUAGCUGCUGCGUCUCCAGCAACUGUUUCUAGAUGUGGAAUAGUAUACAAUGACUAUAAAGAUUUUGGUUGGAAUUUGUAUUUAAAAUCAUGGUUAACCAAAUUUGAAUAUCAACCAUACAAGAUUAAUGUAAAAAAAAAUUUUAAUAAAUAUGUAACUGCUGUGCUUGAAUUUAAACAGCUAAACUGCGUUGAAACGGUUCCUCUACCCGAAUUAAGUUCCAUUGUUACAUUAUGUACACUACUUGAAUAUUUUACAUUUAAUGACUUAGCUCUUAAAACACCCACUGGGUUAAAAGCAGAUGACUACGAUCAUCUCAUUAAAUUAUGGUUUCUUUUUUGUGUAGUCUGGUCAAUCUGUGCAGUAGUUAAUGAAGAUGGCCGUAAAAAAAUUGACACUUUUUUUAGAGAAAAGGAAGUAGUAUUUCCAAUAAGCGAUACAGUUUAUCACUAUUAUGUUGAUACGAAAACUGCUCAAUUUUAUCACUGGGAUAAUUUUUUGCGUGAUAGUUCUUGGAUAUAUAAAACAGAAUUACCUUUUUACAAAAUUAUCGUUCCUACAAUUGAUACCGUUCGGUACAAUUAUCUUGUAGAAGCAUUUUUAAGUAAAAAACGACCCGUAUUAUUGGUUGGUCCAGUUGGAACCGGAAAGACAUUGACAGUUAAAAAAGCAUUAGAAGUUUUGGACAAAAAUAAAUUUUUAAAUUUAACAAUUAAUAUGUCAGCUCGAACUACAGUGCAUAAUGUUCAAGAAAACAUUGAAGGACGAUUGGAAAAACGUACAAAGGAUACUUACGUUCCACUAUCAAAUAAAACGUUGGUGACGUUUUUGGAUGACAUGAACAUGCCUGAAAAAGAAACUUAUGGAGCUCAGGCACCAUUAGAAUUGAUUCGACAAUGGAUAGAUUACGAGUUUUGGUUUGAUCGACAGAGUCGAUUACUAAAAUAUGUGAAGAAUAUGCUCCUGAUUGCUGCCAUGGGACCACCCGGAAGUGGCAGAAGCACCAUUAGUAAUAGACUAUUGAGUUGUUUUAGCGUGAUAAAUUUAACGUUUCCCGAAGAAGCACAAAUAUCAAACAUUUACAUGUCAAUGUUAAGCCAACAUCUAAAAUCAUUCGUAGAACAUAUACGCAACUUAAGAAACGGAUUAACCAAUAUGACAAUUAAUCUUUACAAAAGUGUAGUAGCUAAUUUACUGCCAACGCCAGCAAAAAUGCACUAUUUAUUUAAUUUAAGAGAUAUAUCUAAAGUAUUUCAAGGACUUUUGCGGAGUAAUACCGAUUGUCAGACAACUGAUAACUCGAUGUUGCGACUUUGGUGUAAUGAGGUGUUCCGCGUAUUUAAUGACAAAUUAAUCGACGAAAAAGAUCGAGAAUGGUUCAUGGAUCAAAUUAAUAUUCAACUUGGAAAACAUUAUGAUAUGACUUAUCGAAGUCUAUGCUCAUCGGAACAAGGUCUUAUAUUCUGUGAUUUUUUAAAUAAGAAUUUACAUUAUGAGGAAGUUACCGAUGAAAAAUAUCUACGCGAAUUUAUUGACGAAAAAAUAAACGAUUACAAUUUAAGCUUUGGUGUGGUACCAAUGAACCUUGUAUUAUUUAGAGACGCGAUCGACCAUAUAUGUCGCAUCGUCAGAGUUAUAUCCCAACCAAGAGGUUAUAUAAUGCUGGUUGGAAUUGGAGGAUCCGGGCGAUCCUCACUUGCAAAGGUCGCAAAUUGGCUAUGUGAUUACAAAAUGUUUACAAUUGAAAUAAAUAAAUCAUAUGCGAUAGGAGAUUUCAAAGAAGACUUAAAACACCUGUAUUAUCAAACAGGAGUGAGAGAUGUACCUACGUCAUUCUUAUUUAAUGACACACAAAUUGUAAAUGAAAUGUUUUUGGAGAUCAUAAAUAACAUAUUAAGCACUGGUGAAGUACCACAACUGUACAAGGAAGAAGAGUUCGAUGAGAUUAAAGAACAAUUAUCAAAUGCUGCUAAAAUGGAAGGUGUUCCUGAAACUACAGAUGACAUUUAUUCAUUCUUCUUAGAUCGCGUUAGAAGCAAUCUUCACAUUAUUCUAUGUCUAAGUCCGAUUGGAAUCAAGUUUCGAACACGGUUACGUCAGUAUCCUUCCUUGGUAAAUUGUACUACGAUUGAUUGGUUUUUGGAUUGGCCUAAGGAUGCUUUACUAGAAGUGGCAUUAAACUCUCUUACUACACUAGAAGUCUUGGCAACUAUAACUGGCGCACCAAGAGUAUUCGAUGUAAAUUCAAUAUCUUUAUCGGAGAUAGAGUUGAAACUACGUAUUGCAAAUUUAUUCUCUAUUAUUCACCAUUCUGUAGGAGAAUAUUCGAGGAUGAUGAUUUUAGAAUUAAAGCGAUACAAUUAUGUUACACCUACAAAUUAUUUAGAAUUCGUAACUGGAUAUAAAGAAACAUUACGUACAAAACGAAUUGAGAUCGCAAAUAAAGCAAAUAAAUUAAGAAAUGGUUUGUUCAAAAUAGACGAUACCAGUGAAAAAGUAGCUGGAAUGACAGUAGAUUUAGAAAAAGCCACAAAAGUUGUUUUAGCAUAUACGAUGGAGUGUGAUGAAUUUUUAUCAUUUAUUUUAAAACAAACAGCAAAAGCUGACCAACAAAAAACUGAAGUUGACGAAAAAAGUAUUAAAAUCAAAGAAGAAGAAAUUGUUUGUCAAGAAUUGUAUAGAUUGGCAAUGAUUGAUUUAGAAAAAGCUUUACCUGCACUAGAGGAAGCUAUGGAAGCUUUGAAUGCACUUAAUAAAAAAGAUCUUGCAGAAGUAAAAUCUUUUUCAAAACCUCCACAUAGAGUAAAAUUAGUUUUAGAAGCUGUAAUGAUAUUAAAAGAAUCUGAACCUAGUUGGACUGAAGCCAAAAGACAAUUAGGAGAUCCGAAUUUUUUAACGCAAUUAAAAGAUUUUGAUAAGGAUCAUGUAUCACCAAAAGUAUUAAAAAAAAUAAAUACAUUUACAUCAAAUCCAGAGUUUGAACCUGAUAAAGUAGGAGCUCAAUCAAUAGCAGCUAAAUCACUUGCUCAGUGGGUCAUUGCAAUAGAAAAAUAUGCAAUAAUUUACAAAAUUGUAGCUCCCAAAAAAGAAUCUGCCGAUGCAGCAUUAUCUGAUCUUAAGCAAAAAGAAAAUGAAUUACUUACUGCACAACAGAAAUUAUCCGAGAUACAAAAACUAUUAUUACAAUUAAAAACUGAUUUUGAUAAAAAAAUGGAAGAAAAGGAACAAUUGGUUAAAAAGGCAGAUGCUUUGAAAAGAAAUCUUGAUAGGGCAGCUUCAUUAAUUGAAGGACUAUCUGACGAAAAAAUACGAUGGACGGAAACUGUAAAACAGUUAGACAUACAUUUUGAUUAUUUACCUGGUGAUUGUCUACUCAGUAUAGCAUUUGUUUCGUAUAUGGGUCCAUUCGUAUUUAAGUAUAGAGAUAUACUUUUGAAAUUAUGGACAACCUCAUUGAAAGAUAUGAAAAUUCCAAAUAAUCCAGCAUAUGACAAUAAAGAUUUUCUAUCGGAUCCGGCUAUUAUAAGAAACUGGAAUAUCCAUGGUUUGCCCAACGAUGACUUGAGUACAGAAAAUGGAAUAAUUAUCAGCCGUGGUUCACGAUGGCCAUUGAUUAUAGAUCCACAAUGUCAAGCUUUGAAAUGGAUAAAAAACAUGGAAGAAGGAAACGAUUUGAAAAUCAUUGAUUUUUGUUUACCAAAUUACAUAUAUAUUUUGGAAAUGGCAUUACAAAAUGGAAACCCAACAUUGUUACAAUUAUCCUCUGAACAUCUCGAUCCUUCAGUGAUGCCUGUUUUGUCAAAAUCGAUCAUAGAAAAAGAAAAUCAACUCUAUAUUAAAAUGGGCGAUAAGAUGUUACCAUAUAAUGAUAAUUUUAGAUUUUUUAUAACAACAAAAUUAAGAAAUCCGUAUUACCCUCCUGAGAUUUUUACUCGAACGACAGUGGUUAAUUUUGCAAUUAAAGAAGAAGGACUUGAAGAUCAACUUUUAGACGUUGUGAUCACAAUGGAAAAACCAGAAUUGAAAAUACUUAAAGAUAAUUUGAUAAUUAACAUUGAUAAAGGUAAAAAAACAUUGGUUGAACUGGAAGAUGAACUACUUAGACUCCUCAAUGAGAUUGAAGGAUCGCUGUUAGAAAACGAUGAACUUUUCCAAACAUUAGCUUCUUCAAAAAUUAUAUCAGUAACUAUCAAUGAACAACUCGAAACCUCUUUUACAACUCAGAUUGAUAUUGAUGUUGCUCGAGAGGGUUAUAGAGCAUGUGCUAAACGAGCAUCCAUUUUAUUUUUUGUUCUAAAUGAUCUCAAUCAAAUUGAUCCUAUGUAUCAGUUUUCAUUAGAUGCAUAUAUGGAUCUCUUUGAAAAUUCUAUAAGAAGAAGCGAAAAAAGUGAAUCACUUUUAGAAAGAUUAAAUAAUUUGAAUUCUUACCAUACAUAUGCAGUUUAUAAAAAUACUUGUCGAGGAUUGUUCGAAGUUCACAAAUUAUUAUUUUCAUUUCAAAUAAUUAUAAGUUUAUUAAUGGCAGAGGACUUAAUACCUGCAUAUGAAAUGGAAUUUCUUUUAAAGGGCGGUAUAGUAGUUAAUAAAAUAGAACAGGCAGAAAAUCCUUGUCCAUCUUGGUUGUCAUCAUCCAAUUGGGAUAAUAUUUCCGAAUUGAAUAAAUUGCCGGGAUUUCUUGGAGUAGAAAAAUCUUUUGAACAGUUCUCUCGAGAAUGGAAGCAAUGGUAUAUGUCUUCGAAUCCGGAAUCAACAAAUCUUAUUGGUAAUUGGAAUGAUAACACUAAUUCAUUUCAAAAAAUGUUGUUCGUAAGAUCUCUGCGAUUAGAUAGAUUAUCAUUUGCAAUAACAAAUUUUAUUGCUAGUAAACUCGGUUCUAAGUUCAUAGAACCACCAGUUAUGGAUGUUAAAAGUGCACUAGAAGAUUCUAGUUGCAAAACACCAUUGAUAUUUUUGUUAUCUCCUGGUGUGGAUCCAACAAACACAUUAAUUGCUUUGGCUUCGAGUAACAAAAUGAAUUAUGAAUCUUUAUCUUUGGGUCAAGGCCAAUCAUUAGUUGCAACACAAUUGAUUGAACAAGGUCAACAAUCGGGUAAGUGGAUAUUUCUCGCCAAUUGUCAUCUUUCUUUGUCAUGGAUGCCACAGUUAGAUAAAAUAGUAGAUGUUAUGCAAGAUGGUAAAUCACAUCCAGAAUUCAGGUUGUGGCUAAGUUCAAAUCCUAAUCCUGAUUUUCCUAUUGCAUUAUUACAAAGCUCAAUAAAAAUGACAACUGAACCACCAAAAGGAUUAAAAGCAAAUAUGAAACGUUUAUACCAGAAUUUAACUCAUGAACAAUUUGCUAAAUGUAAAUCACAAGAAAAAUACAAGAAAUUAAUAUUUUCCCUUUGCUUUUUUCAUUCAAUAUUAAUUGAAAGAAAAAAAUUUCAAAAUCUUGGAUGGAACGUGAUAUACAGUUUUAAUGAUUCCGAUUUUGAAGUAUCAGAAAAUUUAUUAUCCAUAUAUUUAGAUGAAUAUGAAGAAACUCCUUGGAAAGCUUUGAAAUAUUUGAUAGCUGGAAUUUGUUAUGGUGGUCAUGUUACUGAUAACAUGGACAGAAGACUUUUAGAUACUUACAUUUCUCAAUAUUUUAAUGAAGAUGCAAUAAACACGCCUCAUUAUAAGUUAUCUUCAUUGUCAAGUUAUUUUAUUCCAAGAGAUGGUGAUUUACAAAUGUACAGGAGUUACAUUGAUACAUUGCCAAUUGUAGACAGGCCUGAAAUAUUUGGACAACAUGGUAAUGCUGAAAUGGCUUCUUUUAUGGGAGAGAAUCGUAUAAUUUGCGAUGCCCUAAUGAUUUUACAAGGACAAUCAUCAACGGUGACUGAAGAAAAUAUGGAAGGCAAAGUUUUAGAUUUAUCAACUAAAAUUUUAAAAAAGUUACCUGAUCUGAUUGAUUAUGCUUCUACUGCAAAAAACAUUAAAAGAAACCCCUUGGAUAUUGUACUAUUGCAAGAGGUACAACGUUAUAAUAGUUUAUUGAGCAAUAUUAAAAUAUCAUUAAUCGGUCUAAUGAAAGGCAUCAAAGGGCUAACAGUAAUGUCAUCUGAUUUCGAAAAGAUAUUCCAGUGUAUAAAUGAAGGUAGAGUUCCUAGUCAAUGGCUCAAAACAUACCCGUCGUUAAUGUCUCUGGGACCCUGGACUCAGGAUUUAAUAGAAAGAAUCAAUCAUUUUAAAACUUGGGCAAACAAAACUCACCCACCUAUAUUAUUUUGGCUGGGAGCUUAUACUUACCCAAUUACAUUUCUGACAGCUGUUUUACAGAUUCAUUCACGAAGUUCAAAAAUAGCAAUAGAUUUACUCAGUUGGGAAUUUAUUCCAAUACAGCCAGAAAAGGAAUCACUAUCACCAAAAGAAGGAGCUUACGUACGAGAUCUUUAUUUAGAAGGGGCUGAUUGGAAUUUUAAAAAAUCGUGUUUGUGUGAAUCAGUACCAUUAAAAUUUAUUUCCAACUUACCAGUAAUACAUUUUAAGCCCACAGAAAAUACAAGAAUUCCAAAAAAUUUCUACCAAUGUCCAAUAUAUUAUUAUCCUCUACGGUGUGGUGACGGAAGAGAAUCUUUUAUAAUCAUGAUGCACCUUGAUAGCGGAACGGAAUCCCCAGAAUAUUGGAUUAAACGAGCUACAGCUGUAUUGCUUAGUUUAUCAGACUAA